AUCAACAGACGCAGCUAAAUCCAUCGCUCUAAGAUUACCAAACGCCACUGGUCUGGUAACUUUGAAUAUAUCCAACAAUCCCCUACGACCAGCCGACGCUUUCAUGAUACUUACCGCUCUGAGGCAAAAGGCUGUUAAAGUCCAGAAUCUACUUAUGGAUAAUAUUGUCAUUUCUAAGGAUUUUAUAGCUGAAAAAACAGCAAUAUUAAAACUGUCAUUUCGUGCUAAAACUCACAUCACCCACGGUCCAGUUACUAAAAACUAUACCCUCAGCAUGCCCGACAUGAGGCUAAUUGUGAUGAAGAGGAUCGACUUCGUGAGUUCAAGAGCAAGCAAGAAGUGUAAAGUGGAUAUUAUGUUGUUCUUCUUAAGUUUGCAAAAAACUAACGAAGGGCCGGACAUUCAGAUUCGACUGUUAUACAAACAUUUGGUGUUGGCUGGUGUUCACGUAGACAUAGAGUUGAUUGAGGAGAUGGCAAACCUUUUUCCUGGACAGCCGACUGAUAAAGGAGCCAAGACUGUAAACCUUCCUGGUGUGGUGGAGUACAUGAGCAGACUGUGGCCUGACAAGAAAUUGCCACCAACGCCGCCGCCGCCACCGCCACCUCCGCCACCCCCAAAAGGCAAGAGCAAGAAGAAAAAAUGAGUUUAUUCUGACUUAGUAACUAUACUUAAUGGAAGGUUAAGGUAUUCUGCUACUGUAGGAUUUGUUGUUACUGUUUGUUUAAGUUAUUAGGGCUAAUCACUACAAUUGGUCGAGGAGUCAUUGGUUGUUUUGAAGGCUUGCAUUUUUUUAAUUUUGAUGCAGAAGGUCGGGCCUUAUAUUUAGUUUCUUUUUACGCUGUAAAAUAUUUGUAAAAUAAAACUGUGCAAAUCAGGCAAUUGGACUAAUUUGAGGCAAACUUACUAGAUUUUCUGUCGGCGUAAUUUAAAAUGAUAAUGCUGGACUGUUCACAUCGCAGGCUAAGGUUGCUAUCAGACUGCAUGCAGUCGAUAUAUUCAAAUGCAUACAGUUAUCAUAUUUGAUGAGCUUAAGUUGUUCAGCCUUCUUCCUUAAGCUGGGCGUGUGUGCUACCAUUGUCUUCGCCGUCGCUGUAGUACCCACGCAGAUUAGUAUCUAAGAAUGUUUCGAAAAACUUUUAUUGCUACUUGUUCGGCACCAGUAAAAGUAACUUGUUUGGUAAACUUCUUCCUUU